AGUCGUUGCCACUGUCCUUGACUGUCCUCUUCGCUACGUUAAGGCAAAGGAAGCAACGCUGUUGAUUGGUUGGUUUGGUGUGCCACGCCAUCCACCCACCUCAUCAGCGUCAACAAACGCACGAAGCAACGAACGCAAGCAACGAACGGACGCAACAGACCAAGCAGUCGACGUCAACCGACCCUCGGUCCGUCGUCAUCCCAAGUCGUGCACGAUGGAUGCAGCACGAGGAGGAGAUGGUGGCGACGCCAGCGAAGAGCAUCGCACCACCACCACCACCACCACCACCACCGAUGAUGAAGGGCAUGCGCAGGUGUUUGAUUCACUGGCGUACUUGGACUUCAACCAGGGCGGCCACCAGCGCGUUGUGAGGAAUCAGCUCACCCCCGACACAGAAACGACGUUCCGCAUCCUCGUGCUGCUGCAGCGGGAUGCGCUGGCGUUGCCUGGACAAUCCGUGCCCAUCCGCGAGGGCGUUGGGCAGCGCAUGGAGGCGCUGCGCGAGGUGGUUCGAAACCCGGGCGAGGUGUUCCUCGGCAUCGCCUGUGACCCUACCAUGACGGGCUCCUUCAAGUUUGGCACAGUGAUGGAGAUUAAGCGCGUGCAGCAGCGUGAGCACGACAUGGUGCUGCUCACCAGGGGCGCAGACCGCUUUGAGAAGCUGCGUGACCUCGACAUCCCAGACCACGAACCACACCGCCCCAUGCGAAGCGUGGUGUGGGCGGAGGCACGCAUCGCGCGCGAAAGGGCAGUGCACAUGGACACCCUCGUGCACAAGCACAUGCGCAGGCCCAACUCGGCCGCCAUCCACGGCAUGGCCGCCCCUCCCUGGCUGUGCCAGCUCAUGAGCACGGAGUACCUGAAGCAGCGCGCGUACUCGCUGCUCGUGGAGAACCUGAGCUGGGGCGGGAACCCAAGGCACGUGCCUGGCCUGCGUCACCUCAACCCAAGCCAGUUCUCCUAUGAGCUCAUGCGUCAGCUGCCACUGACCCUGGAGCAGCAGCAGCGCCUCUUACAGGACAGCAACGUCAACACGCGCCUGGUGCACUUGAUCGACACCCUCUCCAUGCAGCUGCAGGAAGGCAAGUUGCGCUGCAAGACGUGCGGCCUGCACAUCGCCUCCAAACAUAACCUCAUCUCCAUCAUGUCCGAGGGGAACCUGGGCACGUUUGUCAACCCGCACGGGUUUAUUCAUCAGAUCGUCACCCUCCAAAGCGUUGAGCACUGCGCGCAGCUGUCACGGCCCACUCUCCAAGAUACCUGGUUUGAAGGGUACGCGUGGAGCAUUUUGACGUGCAUGCUGUGCGGCACACAAAUGGGGUGGCAGUACGACUACACGGGCGACGACGGGCGAGGGCUACAGCAGUUCUUCGGCCUGUGCCGCGCCUCGCUCAACUUUGGCGACUUCCCGCUGGAGGCACAGCCGCGCGCGAACACGAGCAUGAGCGGAACGCUGCGCUUGCUCGAUGCCGUGGGAUCUGGCCAAGGCGCGAGCGAAUGGAGAGAGUUGGCAGCGAUGAUCUUGGCAGGCGCUCCCAGUGAUGAUGAUGAUGAUGACGAUGACGACGACGACGAUGAUGAUGAUGAAGGUGAUGAAGGUGAUGAUGUCGCCGAUCGUGAUGGCACGGAUCUUGGUGACGGGGACAACGCUGCUGAUGAUGGUAGUGAUGAUAUGGACGAAGAAGAGGAUGCAGGAGAAAGCAACGAGGAGGCAAUUGAAUAAAUGGCGGUAUUGAACACCUUGUCGUGCUCGCAAUCUUGAGGCCUGCCGUCCAUCGUGCCGUUGCCCAUCCAUCUUAACAUAAAACCAGCAGUCACGCAACCAGCAAGAAAGCAAGCAAGCGUAAAGUUGGCAUUCUCACGUCUCACGCCACAA